GCAUAGUGAAAUGCAACCAUAUGACAUACUUUUUUUUAAUGGUGCAGAAGAAACAGAAUAGAUUCCUUAGCACACAAGUCUCAGAGAAAAGAAACAGGUAAAGGCCUGCGAUAUGAAAACUACAUGCAUCACAACCUUGUUUUGGCCCCUCUCUAUGCUAUUAUUAUCAGACGAAAGCCAGUCUUCUAAAACAGAAGUCAAAUGUAAUUUCACUGAAAAGAAUUAUUCUUUGAUUCCAGCAGAUAUCAAUAAAAAUGUUACUAUACUUGAUCUCAGUUAUAACCAAAUUACUUUGAAUAUUACAGACACUAGGGUUCUACAAACAUAUUUUUUACUCACUGAACUCUAUUUGACUGAGAACAAUGUCACUAUGUUAUAUAAUAAUGGCUUUAGUAACCUCUCCAAUCUAGAAAUUUUAAAUAUCUGUAGAAACUCCAUCCAUGUAAUUGAACAGGGUGCGUUCAUGGGCUUAAAUAAACUAAAACAGUUACAUCUCUGUCAAAACAAAAUAGUUCAACUGAAUCCUGAUGUAUUUGUACCUCUAAAAAACCUGAUACUUCUGAAUCUGCAAGGCAAUUUCAUUAGCUAUUUUGAUGUACCACAACUGUUUCAUCUGGAAUUAAUAAUUUUAUAUGGAAAUCCAUGGAACUGUUCUUGCAGUCUAUUGAAUUUGCAGAACUGGUUGAACACAUCAAAUGUGACACUAGAAAAUGAAAACAUCACCACGUGCACCUACCCAGAUAUCCUGAAGUUCUACAGUAUCAAAACAGUACCUUAUGAUGCUGAGUGCUACUCAAAAUUUCCUCCACCUAUAAAUGAAGAUCUUUAUAACCACUUUCAGUCCAUUAGCAACUCAACAUUUAAUAGCUCUUUGAACAACUUAAAAAAUUCAGAACAUAAACUUCUUGGAAAAAGCUGGGCUUUUCUGGUUGGUGUGGUGAUCGCUGUACUGAUGACUUCAUUCCUCAUUUUUGCUGCUAUCAAAUGCCCAGUAUGGUAUAAUUUUCUGCUUAGUUACAAUCAUCAUCGCCUGGAAGAGCAUGAAGCAGAAACCUUUGAAGAUGGUUUUAUUGGAAAUUCAAGUUCUCUUUCACAGGUCCCAGAUACAAACUCUGAAGAAACUAUAGUAAUAUUUGAAAAACUACAUUCAUUUGUGGCAGAUGACGAUGGGUUUAUUGAAGACAAAUAUAUAGAUACUCAUGAAUUACAUGAAGAAAAUUAAUUCCCUUAAAUGUUUG